AUGUCACCUUUAAUUCAAAUAUUCCAGGCACCACCACCACCAUUGUUAGGUAGGUUAGAUAAAGGUAGAAAAGUGGCGUUAUUAUUAGCAUAUUGUGGUGCAGGAUAUUAUGGUAUACAAAUACAGAAAGAUUACCCCACUAUUGAAUCAGAGUUAUUAAGUGCUCUAGUAAAAUGUAAAUGUUUAACACAAGAACAGGCUGAUACUCCUAAUAAAAUACAAUUUCAAAGAGCAGCACGAACUGAUAAAGGAGUGUCUGCUUUAGGCAAUAUUAUAUCUUUAAAGAUAAGUAUAUUAUAUUUUCUAUUUGACUAUCUAUUUGUGACACUUGAUGAUGUUGUUGAUGUCAUAAAUAAAGAAUUACCAAACCAGAUCAGAGUUUUAAGUUAUAUACGAACUACAAAAGGUUUUAAUAGUAAGAAUUUCUGUGAUUCCAGAACUUAUAUGUAUAUGAUACCUACAUACGCUUUCACUCCUGUAAACCAGGUAUUUAAUGAUGACUAUAGAAUCAGUGAUGAGAAUUUUACCCUGUUGAAUACAGUACUAUCUAAAUAUAAAGGAACUCAUAAUUUUCAUAAUUAUACUUCUGGGAUUAAACCAACAGAUGCAAGUGCUAAUAGAUUUAUCAUUAAGUUUGAGGCUGAUAAACCAACUAUUGAAGAUGAUAUAGAAUUUAUAACAUUAAAAGUUACAGGACAAAGUUUUAUGUUACAUCAUAUUAGAAAGAUGGUUGCUUUAACAAUAUGUGUUGUUAAGGGUUUAUGUGGGAUAGAAACUAUAGAAAAGUCAUGGCUUCAUGAUAAGAUGGAUGUACCAAGAGCACCAAGUGAAGGUUUAUUUUUAUGUCAGACACAUUAUACUGGUUAUAAUAGAAGAUAUGGUACAGAUGGUAUACAUGACCCUUUAGAUUGGUCACAUUGUCAGGUUAGUACAAUAUGA